AACCAGCAGAAUGGCGACCACGGCGGAACUAUUCGAGGAGCCAUUUGUUGCCGAUGAAUAUAUUGAACGAUUGGCGUGGAGAACUCCAGGGGGAGGGUCUAGAGGGGGACAGGAAACAUUCGAUCCAAAAAGACUGUUGGAGGAGUUUGUUAACCACAUUGAAGAGCUUAAGUUAAUGGAUGAACGGAUUCAGAGGAAAGUAGAGAAGCUGGAGAAUCAGUGCCAGAAAGAGGCGAAGGAGUUUGCCAAAAAAGUCCAGGAAUUGCAGAAGAGCAAUCAGGUUGCAUUUCAACAUUUCCAGGAACUAGAUGAACAUAUUAGCUAUGUAGCCACCAAGGUGUGCCACCUCGGGGACCAGCUGGAGGGGGUAAACACACCACGCCAACGUGCUGUGGAGGCACAGAAACUGAUGACCUAUUUUAAUGAAUUUCUGGAUGGAAAUCUGCAGUCUGAUGUAUUUAACAACUCUGAAAAGAUAAAAGAAGCUGCUGACAUAAUUCAGAAAUUGCAUCUGAUUGCACAGGAGCUGCCAUUUGAUCGGUUUGCAGAGGUAAAAUCAAAAAUUGCAAGUAAAUACCACGAUCUGGAGCAUCAGUUAAUUCAGGAAUUUAAAAGUGCUCAGCGCAGAGGAGAAAUCUCGCGUAUGAGAGAGCUGGCCGCAGUUUUACUUCACUUUAAGGGAUAUUCUCAUUGUGUGGAUGUAUAUAUAACUCAGUGUCAGGAGGGUACAUUUGUUAAAGGAGAUAUAUUUGAGAACUGUGCUGUGUUGUGUCAGCGUGUUAAUCGAGAAGUUGGUGACAUCUUCAGCAACCCAGAAGUUGUUCUGGCCAAACUUAUCCAAAACAUUUUUGAAGUCAAUAUUCAGACUUUUGUUAAAGACAAGUUGGAAGAAUGUAAGAAAUCUGAUGCAGAGCAAUACCUUAAGAAUCUGUAUGAUCUGUACACAAGAACUACCAGUCUUUCUAGCAAACUAAUGGAGUUCAAUCUGGGUACGGAUAAACAAACCUUUUUAUCAAAGUUGAUCAAAUCGAUAUUCAUCACUUACCUGGACAACUAUAUUGACGUUGAAACUGCUUACUUGAGAAGUCGGAGUUCGGUGAUUUUACAGCGUUUUUACGAUUCGAAGAACCACCAAAAGAGAUCUAUUGGAACUGGGGGGAUUCAAGACCUAAAAGAAAGGAUUAGGCAGCGAACAAAUUUGUCCUUGGGACCUAGUAUUGAAACACAUGGAGAGACGUUUUUGGCACAAGAAGUAGUGGUGAACCUCCUACAAGAAACCAAACAUGCCUUUGAAAGGUGUCAUAAACUUUCAGAUCCAUCAGAUCUCCCAAAGAAGGCAUUUAGAAUAUUUUUACUUCUUGUGGAUUAUUUAUGCAUUGAGCACAUUGAUUACGCUUUGGAAAUUGGACUAGCAGCAAUCCCUUCUCCUGAUUCGAAGAAUGCCAGCCUCUAUUUUUUCGAUGUUGUGCAUCAAGCCAACACAAUUUUCCAUUUAUUCGACAAGCAGUUCAAUGAUCAUCUCAUGCCGUUAAUUAGUUCAUCUCCGAAGCUAACAGAGUGUCUCCAGAAAAAGAAAGAUAUAAUCGAGCAGAUGGAGGUGAAAUUAGAUACCGGUAUUGACAGGACACUAAACUGCAUGAUCGGGCAGAUGAAGCAAAUCUUAACUGCUGAGCAAAAAAAGACAGAUUUUAAACCUGAAGAUGAAAAUAAUGUAUUAAUUCAGUACACUACUGCUUGCGUAAAAGUUUGCCUUUAUGUGCGGAAACAAGUGGAAAAGAUUAGGAAUUCAAUGGACGGGAAGAAUGUGGACACUGUGCUAAUGGAACUGGGGGUCCGUUUCCACCGUCUUAUAUAUGAACAUCUUCAGCAAUUUUCUUACAGCUCGAUGGGAGGAAUGCUAGCGAUCUGUGACGUAGCAGAAUAUAGAAAGUGUGCCAAGGAAUUCAAGAUUCCACUUGUGCUACAACUUUUCGAUACUCUGCACUCCCUUUGCAACCUUCUGGUUGUAGCCCCAGACAAUUUAAAGCAGGUUUGCUCGGGUGAGCAGCUCGCCAGCUUGGACAAGAACAUCCUCCAUUCCUUUGUGCAACUGAGAGCCGACUACAGAUCGUCACGCCUCGCCAGGCACUUUAGCUGAAGUCUGCCAUCAAGAGCAGCAACAUGUAACUGUUUUCCAAGCCUUGGUUGUAAGAAAGCACAGGGAGUCUUUACAUACUCCUAAGUACAUGGAGACUGGUUUCUUUUUACAGGGCUGUGACUCUAUAGCAGAACAACGGGUAGGCCGCAUUUAACCCACCCCUGUUCCUGCUUUCCUGUCCAUAAAGAGUGGAAGUAAGUUUAAUCCCGACACCUGACUUCUCCAGUAUGGAAACUAAGAAGCUGGUUUGUUAUUUUGUGCAACAUUUACUCUGAUGCUUAAUUUUCCUCUUUUCGUUGUAGACUUGAAUAUUGGAAUGGGGGCAUACUGUAUGUGCUGCUUUGUAAUGAGUUAACCCAUAAAGUAGCUGCUUUUAUAUAAGUGAGGGUGAUUUUAUUGUAAAAUGUGACAAAAUGGUGCGUGAGGUUCAGAGAUAUAGUAAGAUUGAGACUUCGUCUUCAUAGCAUAUUGAAUGAAACUCCUUUUGUGCCUGGGAAGGUAGUACAUAUUUAAGGAGUCACUUCUGCUGCCUAAUAAUACAGAAAUAGGUUUGCUAAGCUAAACUGAAUAUAUUUGUCUUGCCAGGCCUUUGUUAGUCCCCCCCCUCACCCCCCCCUCUCCCUCCCCCCAUGGUCUGUUGAUCUUGUACCUAGUUUAAAAUAGAGGUCUACUUUGUUGAUACUGACAGAUUACAUCUCUUGUAACUCAUCUGUUCAGUACGGUCUAUUCACAUUUGUUCAUCCACACAAAUAUUUAGAAAAUAUAUUAUUUAUCUAUAUGAAGCUUGUCCGCGUUCCCCGAGAACAGGUUUAAUUAAUUAAUUUAUUUGUACAGAUGGCUGAACUAAGACCAGUUAUGACGCUAGGACUAGAUUAUUUGACAAAUGGCAUCUUUGAACCAUUAUGUCCAUUUUGUGUUUUUAUACAUUCACUUUGGUUUACUGAUGAGAUCAUUUGCUAUAUGUAUUAUAUAACUAAAUCAGAAUUUAUUUACACUUCAUUUAUUAAAAAUAUUGUUUUGUAGAAACGCCCAUCAUCCUUAGAUGUGCUAAUGAAACUUGAUGGACAUUGCAGUCAAAUAACACCUAGAAUGGUAGAUGUGUUGCCCAUUACUGCUGUAACAUGAAAUUAGUUAUGUAUUAACUUGUUAUAAUAUUCUUAAAGAAGGCCUUCCCCAACCCAUGAAAUAGAUUUCCGCACUUUAAACCACAAAAUUGCACCAACUUUUGUUUUGUCCUUCGCAAAGUUAUUUGUUUUUGAAAAAAUCCACACUGCAGCCCGUUUUAACAAAUUACUAUUAAAAAAAAAAAAAAAAAAAAAUUACAAGAGUUUCAGAAAGUGCUUUAUGCCAAAACAAUGUUGCCAAAUAUUACACAUUUGUUUGGAAGCAGUAGAAAAUAUUUUGCCAAGAAAAAAAAAAAAAAAACAAUGCUUAAGGGGGAGAGAGAUAAUGGACAGCAGCAGAACUAGCUGUUUUCUAUAUUAUUCCGUGUUGAAUGACUGAAUCGUCGUUUUUAGAGUAGCGGGAGGGAGAACAAAUCUGCCUCGUUCAGAAUGAAGUACAUGAGAAACUUCAUUGUACGUGCCGAGGUGAAUGACGUUCCGGUAAGUAACUCAGUACUCUCUUGAAAUCAGAAGUGCCAAACUGCAGCCCCACAGCACCUGUUAAAUCACCCGAUUCUCUGUGAGUCAUAGACUGGCAGAGAUAAGUGAGGGUUGUAGUCCAACAUUGUUUAUGGGGUGCAGUUUAACACCCCUGGUUUAGAGCUUCUGGUCUUACUGAGCAAGCAAUGUUUGUACGUGUAUUAUUAUUAUUAUUUUUUUUAAAUCUUUUGGGCUUGAGAUAUGGUUACACCCUUUCACUUCAAACUACUUUUUAAAAGCUUGUGAGUAUUGAUAGAUGUAUGUGUAUAUAUAUAUAUAAAAAAAAAAAUCCAGUAAUUGAUCCUAUAGAUCGUUCCCUUUGUGUGACUCAAGUAGCUGAACAUGCCUUGGUCCAAGCCGUCUCCUAACAAUAUAAACAAUACAGCAAACACCCAAAUUAGAAUGCACCUUAAAGUUUAACGGGGAACAUCUCACUCAUAUGUUUCUGAAUUCUGUGCUGGAUUUAAUAUGUAUGUUAAAGCUGAACCGUUACUUCUCUGGAAUUUACCCAAUUGAUUAAAACACUGAAAGCCACCUAUAACAUGUUACAGCUUCUUAUUUA